UUUAAAGUAUUCCUGCUACCAAACGGCGAAGCACAGGUGCCCUGGAUUGACGGAGUCUACGCGGCCAAUGAGCAACCGGAGGCUAUUAUGCCACCGCGCGAACAAAUUCACAUGUUGGACGAGAAAAGCACUCGAUGGUUGCCGGAACAUCACGCCCAGCGCAAAAAGAAGGCGGUCGCCCUGAUUUCCAACAUGAAUCCCCAAAACAAAAGGCUGGUAUACGUUAAGGAACAGGCAAAACACAUUGACGUUGACUUUUACGGUUCCAAGUGGCUACCUUGCCCCCGCGAAGGCGAUACCUGUCUGCGGACACUAGCACUUCGGUUUGGUAUGCUGCAAGUGGUAAUGGGUGCUCCACGAGACGAUUACUGUGCUUUGGCGCCUCCAAAUUCCUUCAUAAAUGUGGACGACUUUUCGUCGCCUGCAGAGUUGGCAGACUAUCUACAUUGGCUGGACACAAAUGACAACGCCUACGCAUCCUACUUUGCUUGGAAAGCUCACGGAAAAGUUGUGGUGAGUCCGUUUGUCUACUAUUGA